CAUUGGUUAAUAAUGUAUUUUGUAAAAUGAGAUAAUUUCAAUAAAUUGCAAAAAGUUACAGUUUUGAGUGAUUUCUUUUUCUCCAUUGUUUGUAACCUUAACGUGCAGUAACCACCAAAUACAUAAAAAUGUAAUAUAUUCGGAAUAUUUUUGCGAUAAAUCACUGAUAACACUUGGAAUUGUCAGUUUUAUAUUUGUACAACGUUCCCAAAUUUACAGUACAUUUCUGAUCAGUCAUCCAUCAAAAAUGAGUACUAGCGAUAGUCCUCCCCAAAAAUGUGUCACAGAAGUUCCCAAUUACGGCCUAAAAGUGCGCCUAAAUCACACUUAUCCUGAAAACCGGUCUCAAGGUUUUAAACCCGGUCUUCGGUUAAUUUGGGAUAUGUUACCACUAGUUUUGAGGUACAUUUGGUAUUAUAUUGUUCAUAAAAUUAUGGGAAAGUCGAUUGUUAUGGAUUACGUACAUACUUUGAGAGCGAAACAAAUUUACGGUGUCCCCAUCGGUGGGAUCGGUUGCGGAACGAUUGGAAGGGGAUAUCGGGGUGAAUUUUGCCGGUUUCAACUCAAACCAGGACUUUACGAGUAUAACACAGUCGAUGCCAACCAAUUUAUUGUUACAAUCAAAGACGGGCAUAAUGAAACCAUUUUUCAUAGUCUUUUAUCAACAUUUCCGACAAAGAGUUUAAAAAGUUGGGAAAGCCUAAUUGACGGUUCAGAGUGUUUUUAUACUGGACUUUACCCAAGAUCGUGGACUGAGUAUGACUUAUCAAAAUAUGGCGUCAUGUUGACUUGUAGGCAAAUUACCCCAAUUAUUCCUCAUAAUUACAAGGAUAGUUCCCUGCCCUGUGCAGUCUUCGUCUGGGACGUGAAAAACAUCUCAGAGGAGGACAGAACCGUCACAAUAGCCUUUACUUUCAAGAACGGCGUCGGUGAUAAAUCCCGCGACAGAGCAUCAACCUGUAGUUCAAAGGCCUUCACUCUUACUGACUCUGAAGGCGUCAUUCUUUAUCACACCAUCGAUAAAAUGCAAUGUUCUUACUCCCUCGCCGCCAAAACAAACCCCCAGAUCGACAUUUCCAAGUGUCUUUAUUUCGAUCCAAAUUCGGACGGUAUCCAACCUUGGAUCCAACUUAAAAACAACGGCAGUUUCGAUAAAAUCAGCGAUAAGAAUUAUGGCCAGAUUUUCGGAGAAAUGGCCUGUGGUAUCGCCACAAAAGUCACAAUCCAAGCCGGCAAUACUAUAACGUCAGAAAUGACCUUAGUGUGGGACAUGCCGUCGGUGCAGUUUCCCAAAAAACAGAAAAAAUACACAAGAUACUACACAAAGCAUUUUGAAGGCGACAACACCGGCCUGAGGAUCGUGCGAUACGCGUUUGAGAAUUACCACAACUGGGAACGGGCGAUUCAUGAUUGGCAAAAACGUAUUCUCGACGAUGAAAAUUUGCCCGAUUGGUACAAAUCAGCCCUGUUUAAUGAGAGUUACUACAUCAGUGACGGUGGGGCAAUUUGGGUCAUUUUAGACGAACAGGAAGCUAAAAAAUUGCCGAAAAACGACCCCAGACUUGAGCACGGUAAAUUUGCGUUGUUGGAAGGCCACGAGUACAGAAUGUACAAUACUUACGAUGUUCAUUUUUAUGCUUCAUUUUCAUUUGUUUUAAACUUUCCUUUGCUCCAAUCUAUCUUACAGUAUGACAUGCGAGACGCCAUUUUUACUGAAAUUCCGGAUAAAAUUAAAAUGUUAUAUGACGGGGAAGUGUGCGAGAGGAAAGUACCAAAUACUGUACCACACGAUAUUGGAGAUCCUGGGGAAGAACCGUUCAUUUUACUUAAUUCGUAUCCUAUCCAUGACGUAAGCCAAUGGCGUGACUUGAAUUCAAAGUUUGUUUUGCAAGUGUUCAGGGAUGCUUUUAUAACAGGUCUUGAUGACCGAUCUGUUGGAUAUUUGAACGAUAUGUACAAUGCGUGUUACACAGUGAUGCAUAAAAGUAUGGAUUUUGACAUAGAUGGAGACGGCCUUAUCGAAAAUUCUGGAAGUCCGGAUCAAACUUUUGAUACUUGGGUUAUGACAGGUGCUAGUGCGUAUUGCGGAGGGUUGUGGUUGGCCGCACUGUUUGCCAUGACUAAAAUAGCAGACGCUUUACAAAAACCCAAAGAUAAAGAAAAGUUUCAGGAAUUGUUGGAUAAAGGCAAAGCGGCGUUCGAACGGAAAUUGUGGAACGGAAAGUGUUACAAUUUUGACUGUUCAGAUAAAGAGUGUCGGUCAAUUAUGGCUGAUCAGUUAUGCGGCCAGUGGUAUCUUAGGAGUUGCGGAUUUAAUUAUGAGGUGUUUCCGCAAGAUCGGGUUAAAACGAGUUUAAAAACAAUAUACGAAAAUAACGUUCAGUCGUUUUGUGACGGUCGGAUGGGGGCUGUUAAUGGGUUUAUUGACGGGGUUAUUGAUAAGUUUACUAUUCAAAGUCAGGAGGUGUGGACGGGGGUUACGUAUGCCUUAGCUGCCAGCAUGCUUCAAGAAGGAAUGAAAACUGAGGCUUUCAAUACGGCUGGGGGAAUGUAUAAGUCGAUGAGUGAACGAUUUGGACUCUCUUUCGAUACCCCAGAAGCCUUAUACCCUGUCAAGUAUUAUAGAGCGAUCGGUUAUAUGCGACCCCUGAGUAUAUGGUCAAUGCAGAUGGCUAUUGAUAAAUUUAAUAAAAAUAUAAAUUAAUUGAAGCACAUUCAUUAGUUAGUUUUUUGCGCCUUUUUUUCAAAUUUGUAAUUUCUAAAAUCGUUAAUAAAGUGUUACAAAAGG